AUGGUUGGUUUGAAUUUGGGUAUAUUGAAUGACAAAGAAAUUGAAGAACAAGUAAAAACGCUAUUGUAUGAUUACAAAAAUAGCCCCUUGUACAAUAGUAAAAGAUGUAAAAAUGGCAAUGAUGGUUCGAAAUUUGGAACCAUUAUUCCGGUAGAAAAAAGUUGUAAUGAUAUGAAUAACACUAUAUUCAAUUUUGAGAUGAGUGAAGUCAUUUUAGCUAAUCCUCAAUUUAACAUAAAGUAUUGGAUAAAUUUGUUUGAUAAUAUUAUAUUUUUCAAUGAUAAUAAUGAUAAUAAUGCAUAUAAAGAUGGCUCUAUAUAUUAUCAAAGUAACUAUUUUGUUACUAAUACGCCAAUUUUUACAAAUAGCGCUACUGGUUGUGGUGAUGAUAGUAACACCGGAAACGGUAUAAUUUCAAAAGAAAAGCUAAAUUUUUUAUAUUCAAAUAAGUUUUUAUUGGAUCCGUCUCCGGUAAAUCAAAACAGUUUUAUUUCUGAUAAUAAAGUCCAAGAUAUUCCUUAUGGCAAUACAAACAUAGAAAAUAAACAAACAAAACUAUUAGAAUAUUUUCUUAGAAAAGAAGGUGUUAUUUUAGAUGAGGAAGGCAAUGGAAAUAAUAAUAAUAAUAAACAAAAGGCACUGUUAAUGCAGGAUUAUAUUUUACAAAUUAUGUGCAACUUCAAAAAUAUCGGAGAAGUCAUUGCUUCACUUACAGAUUAA